UCUGAGGUUGUUUUCCCGAUUUGAGCCAAUUAGCACGCUAGCAUGUUCCCGGAGCUCUGGGCGCCUUGGAUGGAGGCUUAUUAUAUUUCCCCUCAUUAACACGUCCAUUUUUAUUUUACAGUACUGAUCUCUUUCAACGAUUUUUCCCACAUAUUUUUUCCAAAUAAAUCUGGAGUGACCAGACCCGAACUUAAGGAGGAGACUUUGUUGUCUACGGUCGAGAUUGCACUGAGCUGUGGAGUAUGAGUACACAAUGAAGCGGCGCUCGGACGAACAGGAAACAGCGUUUGGGUCUCAGCGGCGGCUCCCCGGAGGCGCGGAAAGCUUUAAUCACCGUGUUGUUGCUGCCGCAUCUUCCACCUACGGGGCUGCCUCAGAAAACAUGCAGCCCGCUGCUGGUGUGCAGUACUCUCAGGUCUCUCAGACUUUUCAGGUGCCCUUGGCUCAGAGCUCUGGAGGACAUGGACAUAGCGACGGUCCUGCAGUGCACACUGGCACACAUCAUCACGGCCCCGUGGUCCAGCCUACAGGAGCCGCCGUGGGUCAGGGUCACUCUCAUGCCCCGCCUGCUUCUGCUCCAACACCAGGCCAGCAGCAGUUCCAGAGGCUUAAGGUGGAAGACGCUCUUUCUUACCUUGAUCAAGUGAAGCUCCAAUUCGGAAAUCAGCCUCAAGUUUACAACGACUUCCUGGAUAUAAUGAAAGAAUUCAAAUCUCAAAGAAGGAAUCAGGAGUGUCAGCACUUUAGCAGUCUGAGCAUUGAUACACCAGGAGUGAUUAACAGAGUGUCGCAGCUCUUUAAGGGCCAUCCAGACCUCAUCAUGGGUUUUAAUACCUUCUUGCCUCCUGGCUACAAGAUAGAAGUGCAGACGAAUGACUUGGUAAACGUAACAACCCCAGGUCAGAUCCAUCACAUCACGCCACAUGGUGUUUCAGUGCAGAACAUCCCCAUUACGCAGCAGGCUCUACACCAGAGCCAGACUUCGGCCCCCACCAGCACUGCUGCUCUCCCCAUGCCCAGCCAGCCCACGCCUGCCAAGAUCAGCAAGCCCAUGCAGUCUCCUGCCCUGACCCCAACCAGCCAGCACAAUCCGUCCAUCCCAUCCUACGCCUCGCCCCGCUCCCCCUCAGUCCAGUCUCACACGCCGGUGAGCAGCACACCUGCCAGUGCUCCUCCACUGCAGAAUAACCAGCCCGUGGAGUUUAACCACGCCAUCAACUAUGUCAACAAGAUCAAAAACCGCUUUCAAGGCCAACCAGACAUCUACAAAGCCUUUCUGGAGAUUCUGCACACAUACCAGAAAGAGCAGCGGAAUGCAAAGGAAGCAGGUGGGAACUAUACUCCGGCUCUCACCGAGCAGGAAGUGUAUGCUCAAGUUGCCAGACUUUUCAAGAACCAGGAGGAUCUGCUAUCUGAAUUCGGACAGUUCCUGCCAGACGCCAACAGUUCUGUGUUAUUGGGCAAAACGAGCACAGAUAAGCCCGAGUCUGUGCGCAUGGAUGCCAGUGGUGUGCUGAAGAGACCUCAGCUCAACAACAACAAGCAGAGAUUUAAUCAGAAUGGCUGCCAGAUUCGCAGACAUUCUGGGCCUGGUGCUACUCCCCCCUUAAAGAAGAAGCCAAAGUUUAUGGGAAAAGAACACCCAGUGGCUGAAGGCAGCAAAUUUGGAAUUGGCACUGAAUCUUUGUUUUUUGAAAAGGUAAGGAAAGCACUAAGAAGCGCAGAGGCCUAUGACAAUUUCCUGCGUUGUUUAGUAAUCUUCAAUCAAGAGGUGAUCUCCCGAGCAGAACUAGUGCAGCUGGUGCUACCUUUCUUAGGGAAAUUCCCAGAGCUGUUUACUUGGUUCAAGAACUUCCUGGGCUACAAAGAGUGUGCCCAAAUAGAGAGCUUUCCCAAAGAGCGUGCCACAGAGGGCAUUGCUAUGGAGAUUGAUUAUUCAUCUUGCAAGAGACUGGGUUUCAGUUACAGAGCUCUGCCUAAGAGCUUCCAGCAACCCAAAUGCACAGGGAGAACUCCACUCUGUAAGGAAGUUCUGAACGACACGUGGGUGUCUUUCCCGUCAUGGUCCGAGGACUCGACAUUUGUUAGCUCAAAAAAGACACAAUAUGAAGAGCACAUAUACCGAUGUGAGGAUGAGCGCUUUGAGCUGGAUGUGGUGUUGGAGACAAACCUGGCCACUAUCCGUGUUUUGGAGACUGUUCAGAAGAAACUUUCACGAAUGUCAGCAGAAGAACAGGCCAAAUUCAGGUUGGACAACACCAUGGGAGGUUCCUCCGAGGUCAUUCACCGCAAAGCCAUUCAGAGGAUAUACGGGGACAAAGCCGCAGACAUAAUUGACGGUCUCAAGAGAAACCCCGCUGUCUCUGUACCGAUUGUUCUAAAAAGACUAAAAAUGAAAGACGAAGAGUGGCGCGAGGCUCAAAGAGGCUUUAACAAGAUCUGGAGGGAGCAGAAUGAGAAGUAUUACCUCAAGUCAUUAGACCACCAGGGUAUUAACUUCAAACAGAACGACACGAAAGUGUUCCGCUCCAAGACAUUGCUCAAUGAGAUCGAGACUCAGUAUGAUGAGCGGCAAGAGGCAUCAGAAGACAACGGCUCCUCUCCAUCAGGCCCUCACAUGACUUUGCCAUAUGAAGACGGUCAGAUCCUGGAGGACGCAGCUGCCCUCAUCAUCCACCACGUCAAGAGACAGUCCAGCAUCCACAAAGAUGACAAGUAUAAAAUCAAGCAGGUCAUCUACCACUUCAUCCCUGACAUGCUGUUUGCCCGGCGUGGUGAGCUGUCUGAUGUGGAGGAGGAGGAGGAAGAGGAGGAGCCAGAUCCGGAAGAUGAUCGAGUGAAGAAGCCUAACGGUACACCUCAGCCCAAAUCCAAGCUGCUGUUCAGCCACACGACGCCAGCCCAGCAGAAGCUGAGCACUUACGACGAGGCCUAUAACCUCUUCUAUGUCAACAACAACUGGUAUGUCUUCCUGCGGCUACACCACAUGCUGUGCUCAAGGCUGCUGCGCAUCUACAACCAGGCUGAGAAACAGAUCGAGGAGGAGACCAGGGAGAGGGAGUGGGAGCGCAAUGUGCUAGGGCUCAAGAGAGAGAAGAAUGACAGUCCAGCUGUCCAGCUGCGUCUGAGGGAGCCACUCGACAUUGACGUUGAGGACUACUACUCUGCCUUUCUGGAGAUGGUCCGCAAUCUUCUGGAUGGGAAUAUGGAGACAUCUCAGUAUGAGGACCAGCUGAGGGAGAUGUUCACCAUCCACGCCUACAUUGCCUUUACCAUGGACAAGCUCAUCCAGAGCAUUGUCAGGCAGCUCCAGCACAUAGUGAGUGAUGAGAUCUGCGUUCAGGUGACGGAUCUUUACCUCAGUGAAUGUUCCAGUAAAGCAACAGGUGGAACCACAUCCACUCAGUCAUCCAGGGCCAGCGCCGAGGCGAGCUACCAGCGCAAAGCCGAACAGCUAAUGGCAGAAGAGAAUUGCUUCAAGCUCUUAUUCCAGAAGAGCAAGGGGAGUGUCCAGCUGGCUGUGGAGCUGCUGGACACCGAGGAGGAGAACUCGGAUGAACCCAUGGAGUUUGAGCGUUGGCCGGAUUACGUCGACCGCUACCUGAACACGGACUCCACGUCCCCGGAGCUGAGGGAGCAGCUCUCCCAGAAGCCUGUGUUUCUGCCCAGAAACCUUCGACGGAUCAGGAAGUGCCAGCGAGGCCAACACGUACAGAUGAGAGAGGCGAGCGAAGCGGCUAAGAAAACCGGCGGCGGUGCCGAGGACCCGAAAAUGGAAUGCAUGUUUAAGCUCAACUCCUACAAGAUGGUGUACGUUAUUAAGUCGGAGGAUUACAUGUACAGACGCACCGCGCUCUCGAGAGCCCAUCAGUCCCACCAGCAAGUCAGCACACGGCUGCACCAGCGUUUCCAGACCUGGUUAGACUCAUGGAGGAAGAAUCACGUGACCAACGAGCUGGCCACCAACAAUCACAAGUGGCUGAUGGGGGAAGGCCAGGAGGGGCUGCGGGCCUGUAAAACAAUCUGUGAACCUUGCAUCCUUCACUUCCAGUCCAUCAACAGAUACAGGGUCACCUACAGCAGCACUCCAUAACACUCCACUCUCUGUCCUUCUGUCGUUUCUGAGAGCUGGUGCUUGGUUUUGUUUUGUUUUGUUUUUAAUGCUGGUUGCCAUGGAGUUUUUUUUACAGACUCCUUUAUCAUGUCCAUUUUUAUGUUUUUAGGAACGCCUUAGUACAUCUUCAUGUUCUUUCACUCGCCAUGGAGGGGAAAAAAAUCUCCAAAGAUUAUUAUUAUUAUUUUUUUUUAUUAUUUUUUUGUUUAAUAAAUCCAGACAGUAAUCAAAGUCUGAAGCUAAUCAUGAAGAUGUACUAUUAAUCUCACAAGUCAGUGUGUAUCAUUUUUAUUGUCUUGUGAAGUUGUAGUAGUUUUUUUUUUUUUUGUUUAUUUGUUUUUUGCAAUAUGGCCCCUUUUGUUUGGCUUUUCAUUGUUAUUAUUUUCUCGGUUCAGUGUUAACCGUGUCCUCACAAACACUAUUGUGAAUUGCAGCCAGACUGGAUUUGUGGAAUAAAUAGGAGACAGAAUGCACUGAUGGUAAAGAAAAAAAGCUCUAAAAAAAUGCUCUUCGUAUGAGAUCAUGUGGUCUAGCCUGACGAUGUACGUUAAUUUGUACAGGUCCACGUAAAAGGUCUGUGCUCUAAAAUAUUUAUACACCCCUGAAGAUAAUCAUGCAUUAACGAUUAUCGAAGAUACCAGCUUCAAAAUAAGACAGCAGCCACAGAAUAUUUGAAAUUGUAAAUAUCUUGUAUAUACUCCAGACUGUUUAUAUUCAAAUGAACAUUAUAAUGUAGUUCACCUUUUAGACUUUAUUAUCUUAGCAGAUGUGACUGAUGCUGGUCUGUAUAUUAUAAACAAUUACCUUUUUUACCAAAGGAAGUUAUUGUUACAAGGUUUUUUUCCCUUUUUUUUCUUUGUCUUUUUUUUUUUUUAAAAAAACCUGUUUCAUCAUCCCUUUGUGGUCGUGACUUGUCUCGGCUUUUAAAGAAUGUUCUCUAUGUAGAAAACCAUUUUUCUUUCCUUUUUUUUUUUUUUUUUCCUCUCCCUGAUUUUAUUUGAAGGAUUUUCACUCGACCUUAUAUGGAAAUUUGUGACACUGCCCGUGCUAAUAUAAUACUGAGUAGAAAUUAGAAACUCUUCACUGUUCUUGUCCUGUUUUGCCUCCCUUCUAGUCCAAAUCUGAAAAGUCGUGAAAGUUUCAUUUUUUUGCCCAACUUUUUCUUGUGCACCAUGCGGUGAUGACUGCUGAGAUUGUAUGUAAAAGCGUGUUAGAAAAGGAAAGAAAAAAAAAAACAGUGAUGGCAUGUUUCUAUGUUCUCAUGUACAGACUUUUGUAUUAUUCAUUAUUGUUUUAAAGAUUGAAAUAAAACAAAGUUGUAGUUAACAGUAAAAUU